AUGAUCAGCGGACGUUCGAAACAACCCUCAAGUGUGGUUCAAAGAAAAUGGCAUACCUGCUUAGAACUUUCCCCUUCCGGUCGAACAACUCCAGAUAUGCUAUCGGAUAGCAAUCGCAUCGACGAGUCGCAUCGCAAGCGCUUAGCAGAUCAUCUUCAACAGCGCGUGCAACAUGGAAUCUUACCAUCUACCCCUUUUCUUCUAAAUUCCUCACUUUCGCAUGGCCUAGUCUCUGAUUCUGGAUGGCAUACUUUUGGAAAUUCCACCCUCUCUUUCCCGUGGUUUCGACCGAGCACUCAGAACGCCGUUCUGCUUCUUGCGAUUUGUUCCGCGGGGAGUCUCUUUGUGAGCUCCUCGCGUGCUAUUUAUCAUGGUAUCAAGGCCAAAAGACUUAAUGAGGGUCGAAAUGUGGCAUGGGACUGGUAUAGAAUCGUCCUUGGCCUAUACAUCCAUGAUGCAGAGCUCGCUCGCUUGCACCAUCAUGAGCCAAUACUCCGACACUCCCCGGGCCGCCUACCCCAAAUCUCCUCUGCUGAGUUGUUCACAGCAUCGAGUGCAGAGCACUGGAAAUACCUUAUGCUCGAAGAGCAAACCAGCCUUCGCGCAGAAGUUAAGGUAUGCUACUAUCCAACGCCCCCAAACCACCUCCCACAACAAUUAUCUCCCAGUGAGUUUGCACGGAGCGGGAUUCUGGAGUCUAUAAGCGGUCUUGCCAGUGAAGCGCAACACCAGUACUUUAUCGACAAUCCCUGGGACGCUACAUCCAUAUCGACAUCUUCGCCGACAUUUCCAUCCAUGCUAGCAGCAUCUAAAUGCCAGCAGCUCCUCACAACAUGGUAUACAUCCUACUACCCCGUAAUGAAAAAUAGAUCAGGGUGGCUCAGUCUGAUGAUGCUCUGGCACUCCAUCUACAUCAGCAUCUACGCUGACAUCAAUGCCCUGGAAUGUGCCACUGGUCGCGAGGGCUACGAUGUUGCGCAGAAGUACAUGGCCUAUGCUCCCCUAAUGCAAACCCUGCUUAUCUCAUGCUAUCCUCAUCCAGAAGAACUUUAA